AGAGAGAGAUUUGAUCAUCAGCGCUUUUCCGUUUUCUGGCCACUCGCUCUGCCUCCUCUGUCGUGUCACCAGAGAGAGAGAGAGAGAAAAGAGGAAGGAAUAUGGUUUCGUCUGACGCUCCUCCCGUUUCAGCGGAUCUGUAGUACGGAGCAGGAGGCUGGGGCUCAGUCCGGAGCUAAACCCCCCUCUGUACCUGAGACAAGCUCCCUUCCCUGCGACCGACCAGCCUCCAGAAGCACUGCCAGCACACCGGGACACAUAAAUGGUGGAGGCCGUGGUGGAGUUCGACUAUGAGGCUCAGCAGGACGAUGAGUUGAGCCUGACGGUGGGCGACAUCAUCGUGAACAUACGGCGCGACGAUGGAGGAUGGUGGGAGGGCGAGCUGGGCGGACGCAGGGGGCUGUUCCCGGAUAACUUUGUCAGGGAGAUAAAGAAAGAGGGGAAGAGGGAUGGAGGACAGGCCAGCAUGAUCAGAUCCGACCUGUCCAACGGCAGAGCCAGCCCCGUGUCCGAUCCCGGCGUACGACCAGGAAGGAAAGGAGAGCAAAUCCGCAAACGGAGAUGCAAGGCGGCGUUCAGCUACGUUCCUCAGCAUGAAGACGAGCUGGAGCUGAAAAUAGGCGACGUCAUCGAGGUCGUAGCAGAGGUGGAGGAGGGCUGGUGGGAGGGAGUUCUUAAUGGGAAGACUGGAAUGUUUCCCUCCAACUUCACCAAAGAGAUCCUGAUCGACUCGGAGACGCCGUCUUUGGACACGUCACAGGAGGAACUCCGCAGCAGCCGCAACAAUAAGGAAAGUCCAGGCAGUGAAAGCGAUGGAACGGACACUCGGUCAGAAACAGGGUCUGAAAUCCAGCCCAAGAAGGUUCGAGGUUUUGGCUUUGGUGACAUCUUCAAAGACCAGCCCAUCAAGCUCAGACCUCGCUCCAUGGACGUGGACUCGGAAGGGGACAAAGUCAACGAGGGGAAAUCUGCAAGCGCUGCAGCUGAAAGCAUGAAGACGGAACCCGACAGCAAAACCAAAGGGCGGGAGCAGUGCAAAGUCCUCUUUCCAUACGAAGCACAAAAUGAAGACGAGCUGUCGAUCAAAGAGGGGGAAAUCAUCAACAUCAUCACCAAGGAGUGUGCCGAUGCAGGCUGGUGGAUGGGGGAGAUCGGAGGAAGGCAAGGCGUCUUCCCAGAUAACUUUGUCAAGCUGCUAGAAGUCGAGAAAGAGAGACCAAAGAAACCACCUCCGCCCAGCGCGCCGUCGGCUAAACACACCGCAGACAAAAAGCCUGAGCUCAAGAAGGUUCCUCCUGAGCGGCCCGAACACCUUCCCCAGAGAGACCAGGAUCGAGGCGAAGAGGUGAAGGUCGGAGACAUCCCCAAGCCCUCCCUCCCAACUCUCCUCCCCAAGAAACCCCUCCCCCCAAAGUCAAGCUCCUCCUCUUCCUCCCAACCCCCGCGGCGUCCCGAGAGACCGCCCACACUAGCGUGUGAAAGCCCCAAGUCUGAGGGCGGGGCUUCGACACCAGAUUCUGCCCCUGACAGGUCGCAUGACGCCGAUAUGGACCUAGACGCAGUCGUCUCAUCUACGGAGAAGCUGAGUCAUCCGACGGCGUCGCGGCCGAGAGUCACAGACCGCCGACCUCGCUCACAGAUUAUCACACCGUCUUCUUUGUCCAGCAUCGACCUGGACUCGCCCACAGUAGAGGAAAGGAAAGAGAAGGACCGAGGGAAGGACGACCACGAGUCGGCCUCCACCAGAUCUGUAGAAGUUUCCCUGAGGAAAGGAAUCCCCACCAUCUCUGCACAUGACAGUAAAGCACCACUGCCCACCAAGCCCUCUGUCCUGGCACCACCCAACGCCAGCCACCGCCCCGCCUCCCCGUCUUCCUCCUCGGGUCUGAGCCCCUCCCCCGAGCUCCGGCACUCGCCGCUGACCCCCCCGACGCUGGAGGAACUCAGGAACCAGCUGAGAGACCUGAGGGCCUCCAUAGACCUGCUGAAGAGCCAGCACAGGCUGGAAAUGAAGCAGUUGGCCAAUGCGCUGGAUGAGGAGAAGAAGAUUCGUCUUAGUUUACAGAUGGAAGUAGAGCACAUAAAGAAGAGCCUGUCCAAAUGAAGCAUCCUUACCGUCACACUCUGAUCACCACAUCGGAGGCCAUCAUUUUAAAAACAUUCUCACUGUUGGCCGAGACACUUCAGCCAAAACAAAAGUUUGUGCCAAAUGAUCAGCAACAGUUCAGCACCAUGGAGUCAGCCCCCUUCCCCCCCGACGCCGCCUUAUCCUGUGUUUACGUCUUUAUUUUUUCUUCUAAAGAAGCUUCUCUCUUCAGUUUACUGCUUUCUUUUACGGAGCUUGCUGUGCCACUGGUACUGGCUGACCGCGGCCCGUCGCUGUGUGUUGCUAUGGUUACAGAACGAUGACACGGAGCCGUGGCUGCAGCGGCGACCUCAUCACUGGUACUUUAUGUUUCUGAGUGUGAAGGAAACUGUGACCUCCGUAGCCCGGUCGGUUCAGACGACCUCUGUGCUGUUCUGUGUCCACUCUGCGGCCUUCGCCUCUUAUCUGUGUGUGUGUGUGUGUGUGUGUGUGUGUGUGUGUGUGUGUGUGUGUGUGUGUGUGUGUGUGUGUGUGUGUGUGUGUGUGUGUGUGUGUGUGUGUGUGUGUGUGUGUGUGUGUGUGUGUGUUUGUUUUCCAUCCAUGUGGGGACUACAGGUGUAGAUGUUGAAAAUUCUUAAAAAACAUAUUAGCAGCAUUAACACUGCAGGAACUUUCCCAGGGACUAAGGCUUUGUUCAGACAGCAAAUCAGAGACAUCAGCAACUACGUAGCUGCACUGUUGAUGCAUUAGGUUCCUUCAGCAGGAAGUCUUGCCAAUAGUUUUUUUUUGUGUGUGUGUGUGUGUGUGUGUGUGUGUCUUUUGUCCUCCCUGUUGGUCUCCACAGCAGUCAGCUAGUAGUAACUGACUCUGCUCAACACAUUCAUCACUUUCUAUGUGUCAUGUUUCAAGAUGCAAAAGACUAUAAAGUGGCCAAACGUCCACACAGAGACGUAUCUGUUGAAAUCUGAUUGGAAUCAGAUUUCAAGCCAACUCCAAGUGUAAGUAAUUUUGAAAUGAUUUGUUAAAACUGCAUUUUUUGUUUUAUUUUUUUUUAUGUUGCUUUGACUUUCUAAAAUCAACUUGCUGAAAAACAGUAUGCAAGAACCUGGUUCCCACUGAAGGAAUCAGCAUCUAAACAAAGAUCCCAAGAGAUAGUUUUUCUCACCAAGAAGUUCCCGCUUCAAGGGGUUAUCAUCUCCAAAGUAUUCAGGAACAUUUUGGUUGGAGUGUUAUUUUCCACAACUUUUAAAUAGUCACUGUUAAAAACCUGCCACUGCAAACAAGUCAAGUUAGUAUUUGUUCUUUAUACUUCAAUAUUUUAUGAAGCUGCAGAUGAAAUUCUGUGACAGAGGGACAAAUGUCAGAGUCCAGGUCUUGUUAAGCACUUUUUUGUGUUGUCAUGCUCAAAAAAUGACACAUUUAUUGCUUUUUUAAUUUGUCCAGUCUUUAUGGGACUAUAGUGGAAACAAAAGAGGUGAAGGAAACUUUAGUUUCUUGGAAAGUUCCUGGACAUUGUGGUGUAAAUGCAGCUAUAGCUGUUGUAUUAGCUGGAUCCUGACUUCUUCAGCAGGAUUAGAGGGGACAUAUCAUGCACAUUUCCAGGUCUAUAAUAAUAUUAUGGGGCUUUAUUUGCACAUCUUUACAUGAUUUACAGUUUAAGAACCUGUCUUGUUUAUCUUAGAUUGGCUCGUUCAGCUCCUGUCAUCAAGAUCCUCUUCCCAGUGAGCACAUUCAGUUCUGACAAAAACAGUCUGAUUGCAUUUCUUUUCUUUCUUCUUAAAGUUUUUACUGAAGAUGUCAACUUUUUAACUGCAUUUGUAUGUGUUGAAGCUUGAAAAGUUUGUUGAGACACUAACAACCCACUAAGCAACAAACGCUACAAAAUCAAUGGCUGUUUGUGGGCUUUUGUGAAAAAUCUGAUGUCACUUUUAUGAGGAAAUAGACGUAACAUUGCAAAUGAACUAUUGCAGGGAACAUUUUCACACACAUUCCCUUCAAGUUUUGCAAAUUUUAUCACGUAUAUGACAGUAAACCACAAAAAGCAUGAUAUGUCUCCUUCAAAGUAAGGAUUUGGUCUUAGGGUAAAGAUUACAAUCAAAGCUCCAACUGUGCUCGAUGUUUCUAAGGUACACUGCAGGCGGGUGAUUCUGAAGCAUCAGCCAUUUUCAGAAGCACUAGUCCUGGAACGUAGAGUUUUUCCCUAACCUUGGACAUGACCUCUUAGUGUUUUAAUCUGCAGUCAGAUAUCACACCUCUGGGAAGGUUAAACUGGCAAGCACAUAGGAAAUGUCUGCAACAGCUUAAUGACUAAACAUUGUUGACAUGAUGAGUACUGACACUUAAGGUGCUACUUAAAGAAGUGGAUGUACAUCUGGGGCAAAACAUGUCUGCAGGUGGUUAGCUUAGCUUAGCAUAAAGACUUGCUGUGUGCAAUGGUAACAAAUUCACACAUGAUAGCUUGUUUGUUUUUUUCUGUAUAAGGUGUAAAAUUUACAAUUUUGGGUUUUACAACAGGACUUUAGCACAUAAUCCUCUGUACAGAUUAUACAAACGAGGUAUACUGUGAGGUUUGGAAGUUAUGUAAGCACAGAAAAAGCACAGAAAAUCUGAUAAACAUGACAGACUAUCAGAUAAUUAUGAGAUCUGGCGCUUGUGUCUGUUUUGAAUCAUAUGAUGAUUCUUAGGCAAGUUCUGAAGGGUUCUAAUUCUUGCCCUAUUUGCAUAUUGGAUGUUUUCUCAUAAUUGCUAGGUCUCAGAAUUGUCUUUUAUUAAAAAUGAUGAGAGAGGAACGUAUUUGUGAAUGACAUUCCCUUGUUACUUUUGGACACAGCCAGGCUACCUGUUUCCCUCAGUUUUCACUCUUUAUGCUAAGCUAACUAUCUCCUGGCUCCCAGCUUCUCUUUUCCUGUUCAGACAUGAGACCUUCUCAUGUAAUUCUCAUCAUGGAUGCAACAAUAGCACAUUUCUGUAAAUGGCAAACUAUUUCUCUAACAAAACAGAAAACUCCCCAGUGACAUAUGACUGAAGAAAAGUAUACAACAUUGCACAAACACACCUGUAUGAUGUUUAUCAAGUCAAUGCCUUCUGUUCAAUAACCUCAUUAUUCUUUGUUUGCUUUUGCACUUCUGCUCCACGACUCCGUAAAGCUAACAAAGCUGUUGUGCUGGCCGCAUCGCAUCCCUAAAAAUCAAACCAUCAUCCAUGUGCAGGUGAUUACGGACAGGACUCGAGGAAUGUAGUCAAUGAAAGGUCCUUACAGGUAAAAAGGAAGAUUAAAACGUGUGUGUGUGUGUGUGUGUGUGUGUGUGUGUGUGUGUGUGUGUGUGUGUGUGUGCAUGUGAGUGUAUGUGUGGCAGCAUGUGUGGCUGUUUGCCUCCCUUCCUUAUAUGUGCACAGAAUCUAUGGCAACCCGUCACUGUGGCCUUCCUGUUUUUGAUUCCAGAUCUUUGUUUUCGUUUCUUUUCUUGCUGUCUUUCGUAUGACAACGAGGAAACUGCUACAACUGAGGCUACAAGUUGUUUUCUUGACUUGGUCCUUUCUCUCCAGGAUAGUGAUAAAUAUAUAUACUUUUAUAUUUCAGUGUAAUAAAGAUGCUAUUAUGUACUGUA